GUGGUACAGCCCACUGAGCGUCCCGUCGCUAUGGUAACGAGCGCAUUCUCCAGAUCUCCCCUCGCUAUGGCCGCAUCCGCCGAUCCCGUGGGGCUCCUCCUGGUCCAGGUACAGAACGAUCUGGAACAUUUGAAGAAGAAUCUCGUGACCUCCAAUCAGCAGACGGGGGCCCCGGUGGACUUCCAGACCCUGGAGACGGCGAUACAGAGGACAGAGCGCGGAAUAAAGAAGCAUACCCAGGAUUAUUUGGCUCACAUCAGCUGCAACCCAAUGACAAUCCUCCAUGAGCAGAGCAAAGACAAGUAUACUCCACGUGCACUGAAAUGGGGUCCUCAACUGGGGCCUGCAAAGCAAAACCAGACAUUUCUUCUAUCAAAUGUUCCAGGGACAAGACGACAACCUCUAAGCACAACUCUAAGUCACGUCUCACCAGGGCAGAAGCACAAGCGAGCCUUCAGUACGCGCAUCAUCUGUAAUCCUGAGACGCCAACCCAUCGCGACCUCCUCGACCAGAACUAUGGGGUCAGCCUGCCUCUGAUCAACAGCAAACCCAAAGCAUCUGUACCUAUGGAGAAGAUUGUCAGAGGACCUACCAUCGGCCAUCUUUCAGUGUUACCGGUCUCACACCGUAUGGACGCCUCUCUGACUCCACCACCAGUGCAUGAAAGAGAUGUACAGAAAGGAAUCCUCAGUCUACUGCAAAGAGGUCUCAUUCCUCCGGCUGCUCGGCUCACCUUGGUUCCUCCCGCCAUCCAGCCUCAGACUCUGGCCCUGCGUAGCGCUCAGACUCGUUGGACGACCUCAAAUUCACAAGGCCAUGUCAAGCUGUCAGAAGAGGAUUCACACCAAGCAAACCAAGUCCAGUUAGAGUCCCGGCUAUAUGGCAAUGGAGUGGAAACGCCAUUUUCUUCAGCGCGUCACAACGUUUCCAACCAAACUACAAGGACAUCAGUCAGUGUGACAAACCAAGAAAGAGAGGCCAGCGAAUCUCCGGAAUCACAGGAUCCUUGGGAGUUGAUUGCCGUCAGUGCUCCCAUUGGUCAGUCUUUUACCAUCUACAACGGUGUGAUCGAUCCCGAGGCGGCAGACUUUUUGGCCUUUAAGCAGCAUUACUGUCUUAGCUGGGGUAGUUUUAUGACUUUUCUGGAGAGCUUACUAAGGUUACUCCAGGAUUACGCUGUUCCCGCUGCAGUGGUAAAUGGAGAAAGGAUGAAGAUGGCUACGUUGGAUGCGGAGUUGGGUAAGGCUCCAUCAAUAGCUCAGCUACUGUCUGUGUUGGAGAACAGAUCCUGGGUUCACACGUUCUUGAACCAGCCCGGGCAACGGUACAAGGGAAGAGAAGGAAGGUCAGCAGCUGCUCUGAAGAUCCAAACCUCAUGGCGAGGGUAUAAAGACAGAGUGGCAUACCUUGCCCACCGUCAGCAACGAUGGGCUGCUGGUGUCAUCGCCAUUGCCUGGAUGCUGUAUGUGCAGAAAUCCAGAGUACAUAAGAUGUUGCUGGAAUCCAGAAACCACCAUUUACAGAACUUCAGAUCUAGAGCAAAGCAUCUGGCAUCCAACUGGAAUCACAUCAGGACGUGCAGGAGGAGCAUUAUCCAUAUCCCAUCAUUAGGUUACACAGAGAAGCAGAGGGCUCAGGCCGCCGACCUCCACCUUGAGCAGAACCUCCAGAUGGGACGUCUGGGUGACAUCGCAGACCCCAAUGUGGACGUCAUCUACGUGUGCCCUGUGAGGAUGGAUGAGGAGAUGACACAAUACUACCGCAGCCUCCUGGGUCUGAGGACGGCGGUGUUGUCCGAGAAUCCGCAAGAGGCAACUUUGCUGCACGAGAGAUUUACCAUCAUCACCCCGGAGGCCGUGGACACAUUUCCUAAUCACCACAUGUGCCUUUCCACGCUACUGAAGUACAGCCCGAAGGCCUUGCAUCGUAUCCGAAACUUGAUCCGAGGUCGGGAGGCUUACAUUGUUGGACGAGUCCCCCAUGUUGAUGACUUGGCUGUGGCUGACCUACUUGAUGUCCCUAUCCUGGGCACCGAACCUGAGGUGGCACAUCUUUAUAGCACCAAAUCUGGAAGCAAGCGCAUCUUCGCAAGUGCUGACAUCACCACUCCUCCUGGACAACAUGAUAUUUAUACUGAGGAACAGUUCCUUGGUGCUCUGGGCCAACUCAUAACCGCCAACCUUCUGGUGACCCGCUGGUUGUUUAAAGUGGACGAUGAAUCUGGCAGCAACGGGACUGCGUUUUGCGACAUUGGGGUCCACCUGCCAUGCUACAGCUGGGCCCUAAGAGAGAGCGAGAAGUACGACCCCGACACCUGGAAACAGAAAUGGGCACAGGAAAUCGUCUUAAAGAGGAUCACAGAGGAACUUCCGCCGGUUCUGGAACACUACGCACAGCCAGUCAACAGGAGGCGCUACCCAACAUGGGGCAGAUUUCUACAGACUCUAAUAAGCAAUGGUGGAGUCAUUGAAGCCUACCCUCCAGCUGAGAGCAUUACCUGCCUCACUGUGGACCUCCUGAUUAACCCCGGGGGAGAAAUCCAGAUGGUGUCCUGUGGGGAUCAGAUUCAUGGUAGCAGUCCCCUGCAAUGUAUAGGGAGUUCGGUUCCUCAGUGCUCGGUACCCCCAAGCGUGCUGUCAUCCAUCUGCAACCGCAUCGGAGAAGCCUGCAAAAUCCGUGGUGUGCUUGGAUACGUGUCUGUGGAACUCAUAACAUUUAUAGACCCUCAAAGUCUUGAACAGGAGAUUUGGGCCACUGACUUGGACCUGGGCUACAGUGACCAGCUGGCCAUGACUCAACUCCUGCUGUGCCUGACCAAUGGGGUGCUGGAUUGUACCAACAGCCAACUAAAUGUACCGAUUGCUAAGAAAACGGAGCGCUCCAGACACCGAACUCCAACAGUAGAGACCCCCCUUCUGUGCAGCCGAGUCGCCGUCCUCAGCACACGCCUCGUCCACACAAACCUCUCGCUUGUGUAUUACAACGUCUUCUUCCAGAUGUGCAAAGCGCACGGCGUCGGAUAUGAUGUGAAGGAGAAGCAAGGGACGCUCUUCAUCCUGCUGGAGAACCUGAAGAGACAUCAAAUAGGAAUGUUGAGCAUCGCCGAGGACCUCCAGGGAGCUCUGAUGACCUUUGCUCGCAAUCUGUUCAUCAUCCAUCAAGAAAUAUCUGCGCCCAAAAUGCAGGGAGAAACUAAUUUCAAGGACUGCGUGCGAGAAAUAGAGACGAUCCUAGGUGUGACAGAAGAAAACAAGCUGGUGUUCGAGCAAUGAAGUCCCACCACACCCGGUAUUACAGCCGAGCGGAGGAACAAUGGACUGCCUUCUGUUUCUGGAUCUACUAAAUGAUAAGACCUUCUCCAUAUUGUUCCUCCAAUAGCUGGGACUAUACAUCUGCUAUGAACCUCAACCUUUAUACCGGCCAUUCCCAACCAGGGUUCUGUGGGACACUAGGGAGCCUCUAGGGAAUGCUAGGGGUUCUUUGGUCAAUUUCUGCCUCUCAAAUCAUUAACUACAGACACCAUGGGCCAGAUCCACGU